AUGCCCUCCUCCCCCCGUGGAGCCUCGGCAGGGAAACCACUCGUGGAGGCAAGGGUGAUAUUCUCGGGCCCAGAUGGUAUACGUGAUUACAGAACAAGGAAGUCUGACCAUACUCACUACAUAGGGGUGACAUCUCCAGCAAUAGAGGGUACCAGCGAUGUUAACUACUUGUGGCGUCCAGCCCCCUGCCCUUCCUACGUAUCACUUCUUCGCAGAACUCACUACCCUGGAGAAAUUGGGUGGGGUGUGAUGGAACUCAGCCAUUUCACCUGGAAACAUCUCCAGAGUGGAGCACAGAUUAAGAGAGGACCGAUUCGACAGGCUGCUGAAGAUAAAGCAACACAUCGGUACCAAAACCCAUGGCAGCCCGCUCCCUUUAUUCUCGAACAACAAGGCCACAAUGCUAGGGCCAGGCUGGCCUGGGACACGGGCAGCUACGAAGGCUGCCUUCACCCAUGCAGCAAACGGGCUGCAGUGAUUGCGGCAUCCCAGGCACCUGCGCUUCCCAAAUCAAAAGACGGACAACCGACUGCAACUAUUAUAAGAGUCAUUUUCCAGCAUGUGGAUUACAAUCUUGCGGCCACUUAA